GCGAGCGACGGCGCGCGGGCGGUUGAUCCUGCUCCUGCCUCGCGCUUACAACUAGGGCUCCACUUACACCGACGCUUGGGGCCGAAGGGAGGCAUGGCCGGGAUUUCCGCGCCGGGCAGCAGGAGGCGGAGCGGACCCCCGUCACCUCUCCCUGGCCCGCCGCCCGGCACCGGGUACCCUACGAGCAAACGGGCCCGGGGCUUCCCCGCAGCCUCUGCCCCGGACCCCGAAGACCCGUUCGGCGCGCAUGGGGAAUUCACCGCCGAUGACCUGGAGGAACUCGACAUCCUGGCGUCACAGGCCCUGGGCCAAUGCCCGGCCGCGGCUCGAGACCUGUCCUGUGUUCAUAAGAUCCGCAGAUUAGAUGGGAUAUCAAAAAAUCCUGCAGGGAAAAACAGAGAAAAUGCUCCAGUUAAAGAUAAUUUUGAAUUAGAGGUACUUCAGACACAAUACAAAGAACUUAAAGAAAAGCUGAAGGCAAUGGAAGAAGAAGUCCUCAUUAAGAAUGGAGAAAUUAAAAUUUUGCGGGACUCACUGCAUCAGACAGAAUCUGUUCUAGAAGAACAAAGAAGAUCACAUUUCCUUCUUGAGCAAGAGAAAAUCCAAGCACUCAAUGACAAAGAAAAGGAGUUCUCCAAAAAGCUCCAAUCACUGCAGUCCGAACUCCAGUUUAAAGAUGCAGAAAUGAAUGAGUUAAGGACAAAACUUCAGAGCAGUGAGCGAGCAAAUAAACUAGCUGCUCCCUCCAUUUCCCACGUCAGUCCUAGGAAAAACCCUUCUGUGAUUAUAAAACCAGAAGCUUGUUCUCCACUAUUUGGAAAAACAUCUUUCCCUACAAAGGAGUCUUUUAGUGCUAACAUGUCCCUUCCCCACCCCUGCCAGCCAGAGCCAGGAUACAAGUCUCUGGUGGGCAGAGAGGUUUCAGAUAAUAAGACCCACAUUCUGAGAGGUAACCCCAUAAAGCAAGAAGUACAGCAGAGAAAUCUUGCUGACAGCUGGAUGCAGAGAUCAAACACUCAAGGUUCCAUCUUGAUAAACCUGCUCCUGAAGCAACCUUUGGUCCCAGGGUCAUCCUUAGGUCUUUGCCACCUCCUGAGCAGUUGUUCUGAGGCUCCUGCUGGCACCUUUUUGCAGCCACCAGGACUUGGCAGUACCUUGUCUGGGAUUUCAGGCCUCAGGACCACAGGUUCUCAUGGUGGGUCUUUUUCCCCCUCUGCCCUGAGAGAAGCACAGAACCUGGCAUUCACUGGACUGAAUCUGGUUGCCAGGAAUGAAGGCUCACAUGACGAAGACCCUGCAGAGGGAGGCAGAAGAGCCUUUCCGCUCUGUCAGCUUCCUGGAGCCAUGUACCUCCUUCCCCUUGUACAGUUCUUCAUCGGCUUACACUGCCAGGCUCUGCAGGAUUUGGCAGCAGCCAAGAGGAGUGGAGCACCCGGAGACUCUCCGACACAUACCUCCCGUGGGAGCUCUGGGGUAGAGGCCAGCCCCGAGGACUCAAUUUGCAACCUCGAAGCCUUCUGUGUGGCUUCACUUAGCAUCCUUCAGCACCUGGUGUGCCACAGUGAAGCAGUAGUCUGCCAGUUACUGUCAGGAGUGGGGGCGGAUUCUGCUGCUGGGGAAGGAAAUGAGAGCCUGGCUCACAGACAGAGUUGUGCAGAUAUGAUCUCAGCUCCUAGGGGGCUUGCCGACCACCAAGGUCAGCAUCCACUGUUGAAGAUGCUUCUUCACCUAUUGACAUUCUCCUCUGCAGCAACAGGUCACUUUCAAGCCAGUGUCCUGAGCAAAUGUCUCAAGGUUUUGGUGAAAUUAGCUGAAAACACUUCCUCUGAUUUCUUGCCCAGGUUGCAGUGUGUGUUGCCAGUGCUGUCACAGUGCCUCAGCUCAGAGACACCACUGCCAUGUGUGCUGCUGGCUGUUGAGCUACUCUCCCUGCUGGUGGACCACGACAUCCUUGCACAACAGCUGUGUUCCCAUUCUGAAGGCUGUCUCCUCCUGCUGCUGUACAUGUACAUCACAUCAAGGCCUGACAAAGUGGCCUCGGAGACACAGUGGCUUCAGCUGGAACAAGAGGUGGUGUGGCUCCUAGCCAAACUGGGUGUACAGAGCCCUUCCCCCCCAGUCACUGGCUCUGACUGCCAGUGCAAUGUGGAGGUGGUCAGAGCUCUCACAGUGAUGCUGCAUAGACAGUGGCUGACUGUGCGGAGGACAGGAGGUGCCCCAAGGACUGACCAGCAGAAGCGGACAGUACGCUGUCUCCGGGACACAGUUCUGCUGCUGCACAGCCUGUCCCAGAAGGACAAGCUGUUUUCUGUGCACUGCGUGGAGGUCCUGCAUCAGUAUGACCAGGUGAUGCCAGGGGUCAGCAUGCUGAUUCGAGCGCUCCCUGAUGUGACUGAUUGUGAAGAGGCAGCUCUGGAUGACCUCUGUGCCACAGAGACAGACAUGGAGGACCCUGAGAUGGAUUGUGGCUGAGGCAGUGAGCAUCCAGCCACACGGUGGCACCAGCACCACUGCUUUCCUCACCAUGUACACUGAUUAAAAGCAAUGAUCAGCAGUUCCUGCUGAGAACCAGCCUUGUUUCCUGAGUCUGCUCUUGUUUGGCUGAGUGGGAGGGAUGGGGACCCACAGAGGCUGGCCACCGAGUCUUCUUCCCCGCCCUCCCCCCAGCCCCC